AUGGCUAUCAGCGCAUAUGGCCUCAUCGCGUUUGCGUGCACGGUCGGCUUGGCGAGUGCCGGAAUUCUGGACGCGUCCGUUCCAGGAACCACCACCGAUUACGCCGAUUUCUUCCGGAACCAUUUCAGCUCUAUCAAAGAUCUGAUCCCCGGCUCGCAAUCUGAUCUGCUCACCAACGUCAAUCGUGUCAAAGAUCUCCUGACCGCCGUCAAUUCCCAAAAGGGCAUGCUCGGCCCUCUGGUGGGUGAAGCCCAAAGGGGAACGCUGAAUGGCAUCGGUGGCCUGCUCCGUGAUGUCGCCGGAUUCGGCAAUAAGGUUGGCCGUGAGGGCGAGGGUCGCUUCAACCAGAACAAGAGCGCCUGGAACACACUCCUCGACAAAGUUUUCAAUACUUCUGGCCUGCUCAAGCUGCUCCCGCUGCUCACCAGAGCCUCGUCCACCGUCCCCGUCAUCUCGGCCGUGCUCGCCCCGCUGGCUCUGCUCAUUGCCCGCUUG